AUGUCCCCCUCCAACCCCUCAAUCGUCGACUCCUUCACCGCGCUUCACAUCACUCGCCGCCCCGCCCAAAGCUCGGGGCUGCUUCUUUUGGUCGAUGACGUUUUGCAGUAUAUAGUCGAGAUCUGCGUCGAAGGCGAUUCUCCCGUACUUGGGUUGCAUGCGGGCUGGAUAAGGCUUAGCUGGGUCUGUCAGCGUCUACGCAACGUCGUUCUCAGCAUGCGAAAGCUGCAUGCGGAGCAGUAUACGGCGUAUCCGGGUGCUCAGACGGCCUUCAAGUCACGCGCUGGAGAUGUGCCCCUAUGGUACCAUUUGACACCGUCUCGACCGCGCAUGCCUCCGGUCCCAUUUCUCGUUGAUACGAAAGAGAGGCGGCGGAUGUCUAAGAUUCGACAGUCAACCGAUUUCGCGUCCUGCUCGCAGAUUUGGCUCAUCAAGCGCGGAGAUGUGAUCGAGCACCUCAGGCGUCUCAUCCUGUACCCGUCUCUGACGUCUUUGGAGGAGAUUCGCAUAGCUGUAGAGUACGAGCAGCAGAGCGCAUCUAGCUUCAUGAGGGAUGUCAAUCACCCCUCGUUCACCGGCCAACUUUGGGCACCUCACCUCCUGCGCGCGUACUUCGAAUCUUGCUGGUUGCCUAUGACUGCAUAUGCUCUACGCGUGCUGUGUAUAGACUGGGAUGACGACGCGAAUACCCCACGUCCGCACGCGUUGGCCAUCCAUUCUGCAUUGGUCACCCGGCAUCGCGCCACUCUCGAGGUCUUGGAGCUGCGCGACUGUCUUCUCUCACCGCCUGCGCGUAUCACAGUUGCACAGACCCUCGCUGCGCCAAGCUUAGCACGAGUACCUCUUCCAUGCCUUCGUCGCUUGGUACUCACUGGCUGCACUCUUUCUUACGUGCGUUUGCUGGGGGCCCUCGUGAUACCCCCAACUGCAGUGGUACAACUGGGCGUGGACUGUGAGCUCCUGCCAGAUCUCAGGGCCACUCUUCCCAUGGUGAUGCAGGUACUAAUGGAUCGUCUGCCUGUUCCUACGACUGCCGUCAACACGGUCAGGAUCAUGGUACAACAAUCUGACGAUGGACUUCUAGACCUCGUCGUGUCUGGUGCGGCGGUCGCGUCUCACAAGAUACGGUCUGGUGAUUGGCACCGGCAAAGCGCCCCAGAGCCUGAGGUUUCUGUCAGCUUGUUAGGGGUGGACACCGAGCAGGUGGACUGGUCCGGCGAAGUUAUUCCGAUCUUGCGGAAGCUGGAGUCGGGUCUCGACGUCGAGGGCGUCGCGUUCGACCUCCCGGAUUGGUGUUUCACUGACGACGAAGUCAAGUGGGAGGAACUGUUUGCAAGCCUUCCGGGAGUGCGCACAGUGAGACCGUUGGAGCGUAUCGUGGACACGAUCAUUGAUUCAGAGGUGCCCGGUUUGGUAUCACUGUGUCAUCGUCUAGCGGGGUGUGAGGACACUUCUAAGUAG